CAUCAAAAUUGACGGGAGGUUAGGAAAAAACAAAGCAGCAAAGCCAAGUUGCCACCGAUCAAAAUCUGAAAUAUAUGCAAGCAGGCAAUGCCUAUCUGUCCACAGCAGUGCAGCAGCGAGUGCUAACAGCGGGGUAAUUUACUUGCAUCCCGAAUAUGAAUUUCUCGGAAGUCUUCAAGCACUCCAACCAACUGUGCAGAGUUUCACCGGAUGGAAAAUAUCUGGCCACCUGUGUUCAGUACCGGCUGGUGGUGCGAGACGUGAACACGCUCCAGAUCCUGCAACUGUACACUUGCCUGGAUCAGAUCUCCCAGAUGGAGUGGUCCUCAGAUUCUCUGUUCAUCCUCUGUGCCAUGUACAAGAGGGGACUCGUGCAGGUGUGGUCCCUGGAACAGCCAGACUGGCACUGCAAGAUCGACGAGGGGUCGGCGGGUCUAGUCUGCUCUCACUGGAGUCCGGACGGACGUCACAUUCUCAACACCACAGAGUUUCAUCUGCGGGUCACUGUCUGGUCCCUGUGCACCAAGUCUGUGUCCUACAUCAAGUACCCUAAAGCCUGUCAGAAGGGGGUGGACUUCAGCAGGGACGGGCGCUACAUGGCGCUGGCCGAGCGCCGGGACUGCAAAGACUACAUCAGCCUGUUUGUGUGCGGAGACUGGCAGCUGCUGCGGCAUUUUGAGACAGAGACUCAGGACCUCAGUGGGCUGGAAUGGUCCCCUAACGGCUGUGUGUUAGCUGUGUGGGACACCUGUCUGGAGUACAAGGUCCUGCUGUACUCCUUGGAUGGACGCCUGCUCUCUACCUACAGCGCUUACGAGUGGUCGCUGGGCGUCAAGUCCGUCGCCUGGAGCCCCAGCAGCCAGUUCCUGGCCAUCGGCAGCUACGAUGAAAAGGUACGCAUUCUCAACCACAUAACCUGGAAGAAGAUCACUGAAUUUGAGCAUCCUGCGACCAUCAGCAACUCAAAAGCAGUCGUUUACAAGGAGGUGGAAAUGCGUCCAGCGCUGCCCAGCGAUGAACUAUCCAUCCACCAGCAGCUAGCCAUGCGAAGCACCCUCUUCAGCACGCAGAGCAAAUAUGAGAUCAGUCCACUGCCUGUCCAGGUUCCUGUGGUUAAGCCUGACCCUGAUCGAGCUAAUCCCAAAAUCGGGGUCUCCUCCAUGGCUUUCAGCUCUGAUAACCGAUACCUGUCGACCAAGAACGACAACAUGCCCAACAGCGUGUGGGUGUGGGACAUGCAGAAGCUGCGGCUGCUGGCCGUGCUGGAGCAGGCGGGCCCCGUGCGCUGCUUCCAGUGGGACCCCCGCCGGCCCCGCCUGGCCCUCUGCACCGGCAACGGCAAGGUGUACCUGUGGGCCCCCGCCGGGUGCGUCUCCGUGCAGGUGCCUGUGGAAGGUCAUUUCCAGGUCCUGUCUCUCAGCUGGCACUGCAGUGGGGACUCCAUCAUCCUGAUGGGAAAAGACCAGCUGUGCCUCUGCUACCUGGAGGCAGAGGUGGUGAAGUGAGUGGAGCCACAGCCUAACGUUAGCGGCGCGCAGACUGUUAACUGCACAUGCUGGGGUGGUUCAGUGUCAUAACCCCCCCCCCCCCCCCCCCCCACAGCUGUGCCCGCAUCGCACCACUGCACUCCUGAUGUUUACAUACUGACAAUGGAAAGGCACUGGUUCACUAGUGGACCAUUUACUACUUUUUAAGACAAAUGAUCACUUUUGCACUUGGAAGAGGGGUCAGCAUUAGAUAGCUUCCUAAUGUAGCACUACACUGAUGAAGGGAGUGGGUACAAGCAACCGUUUGCUUUUUCCCCAGUUUGCAAUUGACCUCAGCUGAGAGGUGAUUUCUAUCUCUGAAAAUGUGCUGAUGUGUACUUUUCUAUGUAUAUAUGGAAGGUUUUUAUUUUUUCUAGAAUCACUGUUGUAUUUUUCAUUAAAUUUUGCUAAGAUAAUAAAACA